CGCGCCUCAGUCGUCGUCGUCGUCCAGAGCCACCACCCACCCGUCCGCCCGACCCACCGCCCGAUGGCGAACUACAUCAUCGUCGUCUUGAAAUACGCGGUCGUCCCGAAAUAGGUUCGUAGCGUCGCCGCCGCCGCGAAACAAACGUCAUAAUGAAAUACUACUGUCGUUCGCAUUAGCUGCUGCUGCUGCUGUUAUUAUUAUUGUUGUUUAACGUCUCGGUGAGUAGGUACACGUUUCGCCGACCCCUCAAACGCUGUUUUGAGCUUAUUUUUUUUUUUUUCAAACGACUUCGACAGUAAAUAUUUCUCGUCUCUGGUUCAUUUUGCGAUACAUUUGUAUCGAUAUUACAAAUAAUUAUUACCGCUCGGUCGGCGUGACAACGCCAUGGCGGCGACACGGCACUCCUGCCGCCGCCGGUGUUGUUGCCGCCUCGGCGGCGGUUCGCGGCUGUGCUCGCCACCUCGCCGUCCGACGGACAACCGCUGCUGCAGUCGUCGCGCCGCCACUGYCGCCGCCCAGCCGGCAGCGUUCAGACAGCCGUCUCCGUCCGCUCUGAAUCAAGAAUCAUGGCCAAAAUAGAACAAAGGUUGAAUUACUAAAAAUGACUAGAAUAAUUCAUUAAAUUAUUCACAUAAAUAUUUUAGAAGAUAGGAAUCGAUAAAUCUGUAAAAUGUCUGAAAGCGAAAGAAAGAAGAGAUCACAAUGUAUAGAUGUUUGGGAAGAAGCCGGAUCGGAAUUCUACCAAGAAAGCUAUCCAGGAAUGGAAGCAGAUUUAGAGGCAUUCCAAAAAAACCCAAAUAAGCUUUCUACUUUAUUACCUAGUAAUAAAACAAGAACAGCAAGAAAAAAAAUCAAUAAUGGAACUGUAUGCUAUCAAGCGACAGCAACAUUAAAACCGGUGGAAUAUGGAACAUUAUGUCAAAACACUAUGGGUUGUAAUAACGAAAUUCAAAUAUCACUAAUGCCUGAUUUGUCAGAGAAUUUAUCUAAUGAAGAGCUUGUGUGGGAAGAAAUUAUGAAAAUUAAAACUAUGCCAAUUAGUAUGGCUCAUAAGAAAGAAUUAAAAGCAAAACUCAAAAGUGCAGAUGCUUUCAGACUUCAAGGUUUCCAGCAGCUUAGAUGGCAAAAGCGAAAAUUUUGUAAUUAUUUCAAAACCAAGUGGUUAGAGUUUUAUAAUAAAUUCGAUUUAUGGAGUUCGAGUUUGAAAAAAAUYGAAGGCCACUGUGGCGCAGGUGUAGUGGAAUUCUUUCUUUUUAUAAAAUUGUUAAUUUUUUUAAAUGCUUUCACAAUGGUUGUGGUUUUUAUUGUAUUAAUACUCCCUUCAGUUUAUUGGGUAGGAUUAAAAGAAGGAAUCUCACCAGACCUCUGGAAUGAAUGUGGUUCGAGUAAUGAGAGUGCUUCUAUUGAAUGUUGUAGUGCUAUUUAUGAAAACACUACUAGGGUAGCCAGGCCCCGAGUAACCAUACAUUACGUUAUGGAUAUUAUUCAAGGUACAGGUUGGGUUGAAUCGACGCCCAUGUAUUAUAGUUACUAUCCUAAUCAACAGUUCAGUGUUGGAAAAUUAUUCACUUAUCACAUACCUUUGGCAUAUAUCGUUUCAACCAUUAGUUAUUUUCUUUUGUUUUUUUUGAUCAUUGUUAGGAAGUCGAUUAAGGGAUUUAAGCAAAGAAUGGUAGAAACUCAAGUACAAUAUUAUUUGUAUUCUAAUACCAUUUUCAUUGGGUGGGACUUUUGUAUUAACAAUAAAAUAUCGGCCAUAUUAAAGCAAAAGGCAAUAUUCAAUGAGCUGCGUUCGUUUUUGAUCGCCGAUAGACCGAAAUUCGAAAACAGGAAUCGCAGUAAGCAAAUUAACAUUAUAACAAUUAGGUUGCUCAUUUCAUUUUUAGUCAUUGCUCUAAUUGGGUCGGCUUGUUUCUCUGUGUAUCUGAUUUUUUAUUAUUCUAUAAAGUUGUUGCAGCGAGAACAAACAUUUUUGUGGGCAUUUUUGUUGGAAUUUGCGACGCCGGUAGCGAUAACAUUUUACAACAUAGUGUUACCAAUUAUUUUUGAUGUUUUUUUAAAAUUUGAAAACCGUUCCAUGUAUCAAGAAACCCGGUUAUGUAUAUUGAGAAUAAUAUGCGUGCGAUUAUCUCUUUUGGUCAGUCUGUUAGGUUCAAUUUAUAAGCUGAUUAACUGCGUGCGAGAAAAAUCUCAGUGCGCAAGUGCAUUAUGUAAUUCUCCACUUUGCUGGGAGACAUACGUGGGUAAGAUCAUGUAUAAGCUUCUGAUUGUUGACGUCACAUGCAAAAUCGGCAUCACCAUCUUGAUUAGUUGUCCUCGUAGCAUCCUGGUUAGACAUUUUAAAAAUAAUCUGUUUCAAGUAAUGUCCAAUCAAGAACUUAACUUAGCGAAACAUGUAUUGGACGUUAUCUACAUUCAGAUAAUUGUGUGGUUGGGUAGUUUCUAUGUGACCCUACUGCCAGCCUUAGGCCUUGUUUCGAUGGUGAUAAUGUUUUAUAUAAAACGGUUUUCUUGUAUUGUAAACUAUAGCCUAGCUCAAAAGGUAUACAGCCCGUCAAGAGCACAUACAAUGAUCAUGUCCAUGUUACUCAUGUCCUACGUUCUUUGUGUGACUACGUGGUUAACAGUUGUAUCAAAAAUAACGCCAUCCAGGUCUUGUGGCCCAUUCAAAGGAUUACCGUCUAUUUGGAGGGUUUUGAUUGAUUUUAUGCGUACCAUACCUCCGUGGACAAUUACGUGUUACGAAAUUYUGUUUAGUGUAAAUUUUGUUGUCCCGUUGAUUUUCAUACUUUCGUGCAUUGUCUACUAUUAUCACACCGUCAUGGGAUCCAAUAAAAAAAUGAUUGUAGUUCUUCGCAAGCAACUUGUACUUGAAGGACACGAUAAACAAUUUCUAUUGAAUAGAUUAAGUGCGUUUAUCAAACAACAGGAUAGACGUCGCAAAGCCACCGAAAAUAACGGUGAAAUCGACGUACUGCUUUCUUGAAUUGCACAAAAUAUAAUCGAAAAUUGAUUCGUGAAAACUGGUGAUUUUUUAGGGUGCUCGUAUGUUAUUACUGUAUUGGUACUGACAUUUUUUUUUGUAUAUUUGAACUGCUUAAGUUUAGAAACGGUUUAUUUAAYAGUUACCUAAAAUGUGUAUACCUACCCGAUGUUAAUAUUUAUCUACCUUGUUUUUACCAAAAGUAUUGUAUAAUAUAUUUAUUUCAAGCUCAGUUAGUUUAUUGCUUAGAUUUUAUGUUUAAUUUGUAGGUAUAUUAUUUU